AUGUCUAGUGCAGCCGUCCCCGAAGUUCUGUGGGCUCAGCGCAGCUCCGCCACAGAAGAUGAGAAGAAUAUCAUCAUGCUCACAAUCAACGUUCCUAACAUGACGGCCGACGCCACAAAAUGUGAUCUGACAUCAACUAGCCUUAAGUUCGAGUCCACCGUCCAGGGUGAUGCAUCCAAAGGUAUCGAGGGUCACAAGUACACGUUCAAUAUCGACUUUUUCGAGAACAUUUUGCCAGCUGAAUCGAAGCAACACCUCACCUCCAAGUGCCUGUACCUCGUGCUUCGCAAGGAGAAGAAGCAAGAAGAAUAUUGGCCCCGCUUGACAAAGGAAAAGGUUCGCCUGCAUAACGUGAAAACGGACUUUGACAAGUGGGUCGAUGAAGAUGAACAGGAUGAGGCCAAUGAGGCUGGCGACAUGCCUUUCCCUGGUGGCAUGGAUAUGAACGCCCUCAUGUCGCAGAUGGGUGGGGGCGCUGGCGGCAUGGACUUCGGUGGCAUGGACGAUGAUGCUGAAGAUGACGAUGAUGAAGACGAGGCACAGCCACCAGCUGCUGAAGCUGAUGGUGCUAGUGCCAAGACUGAAGAGGCCGCCUAA